AGUGAGACACGGAGUUCCGGCUGAGUGACGCUGUAUCCGGAUAAUUAAGCAAAUGUUGCACAGAAUGGAGUUAUAUUUUAAAUGAAUUACUUGUAACUCCGGCGCUUAUGUUGUUAGCUUAUUCCCUCAGCUAUAACAACCACCACCCCUUUCCUCGUGGUCUCCGUACUAAUCCACCGACACCAUGCCAGCGAUCCUUCAUUGUUAGGAGUCGAGCCAUGUUCCCAGACAGCCUUCCUCGGUGUUGUGACUCGUUGCUUUCCACGGGAACCAAAGCUACAAGCUAGCAUGCUAACUAGCCUGCUAUCCUAGCCAUUAUCUUCCUUUUAUUUACCUAUACCUUUUGUUUGUGUCGACAUGUUGCAUGGACCCUCUGUGGCAUUCCAUGCGGCAGGCAUUUAAACGGACCAGCGGAGCGAGUGGCAAAACAUUCGCGGCUUCCGACCGUUUAACGCUUGCCGAAAUAGCAGCUGUUUUGCUGGCCAGGGAACGAGAUUUGGGUUUGAUUCAAUUGGCUUAAAGGGACCUCCCGCUGUCUUUAAGGAUAUCGUUUGAUUCAAGGAUAAGUGGUCGUGUACAGCAGCCGUCUGCCACCAUGGCGUCCUCCUCCGGCAACGACGACGACCUGACCAUCCCCCGCGCGGCGAUCAACAAAAUGAUCAAGGAGACUCUUCCGAACGUGCGCGUGGCCAACGACGCCAGGGAGCUGGUGGUGAACUGCUGCACAGAAUUCAUCCAUCUGGUCUCCUCUGAGGCUAACGAGAUAUGCAACAAGUCUGAGAAGAAAACCAUAUCUCCCGAGCACGUGAUCAACGCUCUGGAGAGCCUGGGCUUUGGGUCGUACAUCACAGAGGUGAAGGACGUCCUUCAGGAGUGUAAAUCCGUAGCCCUGAAGAGACGAAAGGCCAGCUCCCGACUAGAGAACCUGGGCAUUCCGGAGGAAGAGCUGCUCAGGCAGCAACAGGAGCUGUUUGCCAAGGCGCGCCAGCAGCAGGCAGAGCUGGCCCAGCAGGAGUGGCUGCAGAUGCAGCAGGCCGCAGAGCAGGCCCACAUGGCCGCCACCUCGGCCAGUGCUGGCCAGCAAGCCGGCUCCUCCCAGGACGAAGACGACGACGACGAUAUAUGUUUAUAAUUUUUUUUCCCCCCAAGGGACGGUUGUGGAAGCGGUUACUCUUAACUUCGGCCCAUUCCCCCUCCCUCUUCUCCCUUUCAAUUGGACGCACGGUGUAAACUGCCCAGCGACCUGAGGCGUGUAAAUUAAAUGAAGCGUGAUGUCUGUCGGUUUGGCACGAGAAGGGCACGGCGGCAUGGACACUUUGAACCAGCAGAGGGAGUACUAGCUGUGGCAGCGUGUUUUUUUUUGUUAGUUUCAUUUUUGCUUUUUGGAAGCAGUAACCGAACGAACUGCAAUGAUUGGAAAUAAAAUGUUUAUAAAUUCAUCUCAAUUUUUCUCUUUUUUUUCCCCCCCUCCCCUACCCCCUCAAGUGGUUUAUCUUGUGUUUUGUGUUGAAGUUAUGUUGAGUAAUGUAUGGAGCUAUAAAGAUGAGUUGUGUGAGGACUGAGGGACAUCGAGGACACUGCUCCUCCAUGGUAGGCCAUCUUAUCUGUCGUAAAAAUGCCUCGCUUCACUUAAAGCCUAUAUUCAGUGCUUUUACAGAAUCUGAUCCCACCUCCUUUUUUUUUGGAAGUUUUAUUUUUUAUUGUGAAAAUAUUUCAUUUAUCUCCUUAUCUUUCACCAAUGUAUAUCUUUUAUUUCAAGGAAUCUUUGCUGGAAAACAUAUUUUUUGGAUCGUUGGUAAAUAGUACAUGUUGGAUUUUUAGCAAAUUUCAACAGUUAAUGAUUCAUUUUGUUUUCCUAUUUUUGACCUCAAUAUUGCUAGUUAGUUGUACAUUUCUACAAGUUGUUCUACUUUUUGACUCAUAGAACCAAAGACAGAAGACUUACCACCCUCUUUAAUGCUUAUGGUUUUUGUUGAGAUUCCUGGUGGCUCAUUGUAAUGUACACUUUGUUAUCGGUUAGCCGUUGUAAAAAUGCUUUGAUAUCGGGCUAAAUUUGUAACUACUUUGGGAAGUAUCGAACACUUGAAAUAACUGGUGAAUUCUUAGUGUUAAAAAAGAGUUGGAAUACACAUUCACUUGCCUACCAUGUUGUAUUCUUUAAGCAAUAAAGAAAUGUUUUAUAGACAAA